CCACUACCAGUAGCAAGCACCAGCGAUGAGCGACAUCACCAUCACCCUCCACGACCCGUCCACCGGCCGAUCGGAAAGCCUCCCGGUCCCAGGCAGCCUCACGAUCCAGGAGGUCCUGGACCUCGGGACCGCCCUGCUGGAUCUGGACGGAAGCAGCGGCAGCGGGACCAACGAAAGGUGGGUCCUGACCCGGGACGGGAGGCCCCUGGGGACGCCCGGAUCGGGCGGGAGCCCCUCCCAGACCCUGGCGGGGGCCGGGGUUUCCAGCGGGGACCUCCUGGCCGUGGUGAGGGCGGCGGUGGCGCAAGCACGGGACCCCCCGCAACGCCGGGCGGGGGCUUCGUCGUCUGCCUCCUCCUCGUCGUCGGCGGCGGCAGCAGCAUCCGGGGGCCUCGAUUUCUCGGGCCUCCUCGCCGGGGCGUCGGCAUCGGCGUCGGCAUCGGCCUCGGCAUCGGGGGGCGGAGCCCGUGCUUCCGCCGCCGCCGGGGGCCUCGACUUUACGGGCCUGCUCGUUGGCGGCGGCAGCAACAGCGGCAGCAGCAGCAGCAGCAACAACAACAACAACCCGACCCCCGUCUACUACGCGGGAAUGUCCUUUGAGGAAGCCCUCGAAUCGAACCCCCACCCGAGGGCAAUCGUCACGCUCCUCCGGACCCACUCCAAUCUCUUUAAGGAAUUCAAUUACCACAUGGUGCGUGCGAAAAUGUGGUGCAUUGCGUUGCAUUGCCUGUAAUUGCCUUUUGUUUGUUCAUGAAUUGUGGAAGAAUGAAACGAGUUGUGCUGUACUGCGAAUAAUGCGUUACAGUACUUGACAUUGCGUUGUAUUACACAAUACCGGAACGCAUUGAACUGAGUGGAUGGUACUGUAUCCUACCAGAUCGAUCCGACGUGGUUCUGUUGCAUUUGAUCGCUACGAUUUCAUCGCUUUGGCCAACAUUGCAAUCAUUCAUCUGUUUCUAACGCAAACGCAAACCCACGCACAUGCAACAACACGACAACCAUUCCAACAGCCGGUGCUGGCCAAAAAGAUCCAGGGGGCCCCGUCCUUCGACAAAGCCGUCGAGACCUGGCGCAAAGAAAUGGUCUCCAGCUCCAUCCGGUCGGCGGCCGCUCGGACCGAUGCCUUCCACCGGGAGCGGACCUUUCGGGAGCGCCUCCAGAGAAACCCCAACGACGAGGAGGCCAAAGCCUACUUUGAAAAAAAGGACAACCUCCUCCUGGUCAACGAGCAGUACCGCCAGGCAAUGCAGGAAUACCCCGAGAGCAUGGGCCGGGUCCUCAUGCUCUACAUCAACGCGUCGAUCAACCAGCACCCCCUCCAGGCCUUUGUCGACAGCGGGGCCCAGACGACCAUCAUGAGCAAGUCCUGCGCCGGGCGGUGCGGGAUCUUCCACCUGCUGGACACCCGCUUUCACGGCACGGCGGUGGGGGUCGGAACGGGACGGAUCCUGGGCCGGAUCCACAUCGUCCAGCUCCAGAUCGGGGACUACCACUUUCCCUGCAGCGUGACGGUCAUGGACGACGCGGCGAUUCCCACGGCGCAGGCCGGCGCGGGCGCUUCCGCUUCUGCCAAACCAAAGGACAUGGACCUGCUGCUCGGCCUGGACAUGCUCAAGCGCUUCAACUGCUCCAUCGACCUGCUGGACUCCAAGCUCAAGUUCCGGCUCGGCGGGACCGUCCUCGAGACGCCCUUUCUGCACGAAAAAGACCUGGACGAGAGCAAGGGGGGAACCAAGGGCUUUGACGCCGCCGAGGCCAACCGGAGGCUGGAGGAGCUCCAGCGCAGGCACCACGAGGGGGCCUCGACCGGCAACGGCGGCGGCGAAACAAACGACGACGACGAGGAAAACGACCAAAUGUACGACUGAACCGGUCGGAAGGUCCAACGGAUGACUAGAGACAACCCAUGGGUCCCGAUGACCGGGGCAUGCCCGCUGUUUGCCAGUAAC